UCUAAACUACUAAACCUACUACAACCAAAUUUGCUCAACGCAAAUAUUAUAAGAUUAAGUCUUACCGACAGUGUGAAAAUGUUGUAUGUCCAUUUAUGUACGUAAUAUAAAGAUUUUCGAUCUUCCGAGUGAUUUUUUGCUGCAUAUGUUUGUACAUAUGUAUGUAUAUCGGACAAUAUUUGAGUAAUCUUUACGAAAAUUAUAUAGCGUGUUAAACUCGUAAAAAUACGUUUUUUAUGCCUAAAAUAGAUUGUGUGCGAAAUCUUGACCCAGUCCCCAAAUAACUAAUGUCAAAAUUUUCGAACAUCCGGCUGACUGUGCUCCAUAUAGUUGGUGAUUGUAUGUGAGGUAUCCUAAGCAAACCCAGGGAAUACUGCUUAUUACGUGGGCUGAUAAUAGUUAAAAGUAAAAUCCGUACGAUACUACCCCAACUCAUAGGUAUGUACAUACAUAUGUACUAGGUUUUUGGUUUUUCUAACAAAUCGAAUGCCGAAUAUGUCGGUUAGUGUAUGAGUUAUAUAUAGUAUAUCAAUAUUUAAAAUUGUUUGGAUUUCGGUCCAUUUUACACCUGGCUUUGGCUCCUGCAAGUUGCAAGAGUAAAAAAUGUCCGGUUGACACGAACUUAGCACUUCCUUACUUGUUUAAAAUAUAAUCCAUUGCCUGCAAUGAGCAUAUUUCAAAUAAUUCGGCUCUAAUUAAUUACUUGCGUAUUUUUAUUCCUCUAGUAUUAUACAUACAUACAUAUGUAUGUAUGUACCUGUUGGUAUACAUAUGUACAUACAUACAUAUGUAUAUGUAUGCCUAUGUGCAAUUUUUGUGUUAUUCAUGAGUCUGGGUUCGGACUGGUGGAAGACGCUGAUAUUACUCUACUAUGCUCAAUUGUGUAAGCGUAAACAUAAAUAUGCUCAUGUAUGAGUAUAAAUAUAUAUAUACAUAUAUACAUGUAUAAUAGGUGCAACAUGUGUAUAACUUUACAAAUAUACAUAUAUGUAACUACCAUUACUAACUCGAUGCGAAUGUUACUGUAAUUUCUCUACCUUUACCUUUCGGACUAAAGCUUAUUUUUUGUUUUUAUUGUAUAAUCCUUCUACACUAUUUUGCCGCUGGCUAUAUUAUUUUAAUGGGUUAAAUAGUUUUAAGCUACUCCGCCAGCUUCACUUUAACAGUAAACUUGCAAGAAAUUAGACGCAGCAGUCCUCACGCAGUCCGCGAAAAUCAACUACGUUAAAUAAACCAUAUAUACACAUGUAUUAAUUUUAUUAAGAUGUAAAAAUACAUGCAUACAUAUGUAAGUUAUAUAAUGAAGUUAAAUUGUGUCAUGAUGCAGUUUCUGGUGCUGUUAAUGCAAAAUUGCCCGUCCCAAAACGGCAUAUUAGCGCGAAAUAUACACACAACUACCGAUAUAAUUCUGAGUGACAUUCAUAAUGCUUUCAAAACCAUAACAAACAAUACAAAUCUCAUAAAUCGUAUUAUACCCCAGAUGUACGAGCCCGUAGCGUUUUCAUCCAAUGUUACUUUUCAAUUCAAAAUACCAGACGGUAGUUUAAAGGACGGUUCCUCAAUAUUGACGAUGCGGCGUAGUGACUUAGUCGACCCAGUUUUUCCUAAUUUAACGAUGGAGUACAUGCAUGCGCAAUUAAAUAAAACCCGCUCUACUUUAUUUACAAAUGAAAGUCUGGAUAAUUUGGAGCCAACUAAUGUAAGUGACGAGAACAGUGCAAAUACUUGGAGUUCACUAGGAUUGGAUGGUUGGUCUGGCGCUGUUAGUCCAGCGGUUGUUGAGCCAAAUACUCAGGAGGCAUAUCCAAACAGCGAUAUCCUUUUAGAGUUGGAGAAUGGAGGGAAGGACCUCGAUGAUGAGAAUGUAUAUAUUGCACGCGUUAAUGAUCCUUUCGGUAUCUCCGUCAAAUGGGAAUUUAAAAAUUUAACCGGUCGGACAAAACGCGACGUGCUUACAUUAUACUCCAUCAUUCAAUGUGCCACCGGUUGUAGGCCUCUCGUAUAUAAAGGAUACGGUUGUUACUGUGGAUUUUCAGGUUCUGGUGUUCCUGUUGAUGCCAUAGAUAACUGCUGCAGGAUCCACGACCUAUGUUACGAACACAGUAGUUGUGUAUCGUAUUUAGAAUAUUUUGUACCCUAUAUUUGGAAGUGCUAUCGACGACAACCCUUAUGCGCUUUAGACCAUGGAGAAUUUGGAGGCCCAAGAUCAUGUGCAGCGCGACUGUGUAAAUGUGAUAUUCAAUUGUCUCGUUGUUUACGACGAUUUACCUGUCCCAGACGUAAAGCAGUAUGCUUCAGCUCGAAGGCUAGGCGUUUUCAAAAUUUAUUACUUUCAUUGUAGAUUUAUAAUAUAAUACAUUCACAAAGCAAAGGUAUUGUAUUA